AUGAAGUUGUACCUGAGAAAAUGUGCUUUCGGGGUCAAUUCUGGAAGAUUCCUAGGUUACAUUGUAAACAACCGAGGAAUCGAGGUAAAUCUUGAAAAAAUACAAGCUAUCAUCCAAAUGAAGCCUCCAACCAAAUCCAAAGAGGACGCCUUUAACGAGCUAACGAGACAACUAGUCCGGCCUCCGUUGCUUUCAAAACCUAAAGCAGGCGAGGCCUUGAAACUAUAUUUAUCUGUUUUAGAGCAUGCCAUUAGUACCGUUCUAACCCUAGAAGAAAAUGGCGUUCAACACCCGAUUUAUUACGUAAGCAAAGCGCUUCACGAAGCCGAGCUCAGAUAUUCGCCUGUAGAGAAACUGGCAUUCACCCUGCUGAUGGCAGCGCGAAAACUGAGGCCAUAUUUCUUGGAACACCCCAUUGAGGUCCUUACCAACUCUCCAUUGAGGCAAACACUGCAAAGGCCCGACACCUCUGGUCCGAUUGGCCAAGCACUCGCUGACUUUGUCUCUGAGUUCUGCAACGUCCCAAUUGAGGAACAACAGAAAGAAACCCCUUGGAAACUUUAUGUCAACGGUUCAUCCACCGGAGAACGAUCUGGAGUCGAUGUCGUAUUAAUCAGCCCUGAUCAUCGCAUAUUCUGUGAAGCCUUGCCAUUUGACUUUAAAGCCUCCAAUAAUGAGACUGAGUACGAAACUCUCAUUGUCGGAGCAAGAGUGGCCUCAGAGUUAGGGAUCUCCAACCUGAUCCUACACAGCAACUCCCAACUAGUCGUGAAUCAAGUCAAUGAUGUAUAUAUGGCGAAAGAAAACAGGAUGGACAAUUACCUACGAGUUGUGAAAAAAGAACUUGAAAGGUUCAACACCACCCAAGUCAAACAAAUUCCUAGAUCUCAGAACAGUCACGCCGAUGCACUGGCCCGCCUAGCCACCAGUGAGGGAAUUGAAGAGUUUGAUAGCAUCUCGAUAGGAAAAAUAUCCCUACCGUCCACCGAGUUGGCCAAAGUGGUCCUUAUGAUGAUAGACCCCAAACCAACUUGGCAGAGCGAGAUCAUCGCUUACCUAAAAAUCGAGAAAUAUCCUGAAAACUCUACAGAGGUGCUUGAACGAAGGAGAAGCUCAGCACACCCUACAGGACGUUCACGAAGGACUAUGUGGAAACCAUUCCGGUGGACUCUCACUAGCCUACAAGAUCAUACGACAAGGAUACUUUUGGCCUGCAAUAAGAUGUUCGGCAUACCCCACUCCAUUGUUACAGACAAUGGAAAACAGUUCGAUAACGCACGACUUUUAGAUUUGUGCGAAGAGUUCGACAUCAAGAAAUAUUUCUCAUCACCGAACCAUCCACAGGCAAAUGGCCAAGUCGAAGCCAUUAACAAGAUUAUUAAGCACACAUUGAAAGCAAAACUCGACUUGUUAAAAGGAAGAUGGGCCGAUGAACUCCCCAGUGUGCUAUGGUCUUAUCGCACUACUGCAAGGACAAACACGAAAGAAAUCCCAUUCUCACUAGCUUUCGGCUUAGAGGCCGUGAUCCCACUAGAAGUCAGCAUUUCCUCGCUGCGCAUAACUGAUUACGACGAAGAAAGGAACCACAUAGUUCUUCGCACGAAACUCGACCUAACCAAGGAGAAAAGGAACAACGCCGAACUCAAGAAUGCCGUUUACAAACAGCGGAACUCCAAGUACUACGAUAAAAAAGUGCAAAAAAGAGAAUUUGAAGUAGGAUUCCUCGUCUUACAGAAGGUAUUUCUCCCCACAAGAGAGAUCGGCAGUAGAUGCCUGGGUCCGAACCAGGAAGGUCCCUAUCUAAUAACGAAGGUCCUGCUAAAAGGGGCAUAUGAACUGGAAGACUUGGGGAGUAGACCCUUACCCCAUCUUUGGAAUGCCCAAUCUGUCAGAAUCUUACAAAGCCCCGCUAUAUACGCAGGCCGAUCUAAGGUCGUACGUACUGCAACCCUUAGUGGAAAUUUUCAAUGCCCUGCUAGACACGCAGGACGAGCUAAGGCCGUACGUGGUACUACACUUAGUAAAAAUGCCGAAUGCAUAAGUCUGGUUUGGAAAGCAGGUACUGCACAACUAGGUAAAAUUCAUUCAAGGUAA